AUGGAUUGGGGUAACUGGGCAAAAUAUCCUAAGGGAUACGAUCGUGCCAUCCACGGUCCAUUUGACCCAGCUAAAUUCUACGGAAAAGCUGACAUACCGUUCGGUCAAGUGAAACUUGCAGAACUGCCUUCGUGGUUUGGUCGUCGUAACAUUGGUCCAGUGGCAAUUUCUCAGGCAAUCGGCAGAGCUUAUUGGCGUUGGCAACACAAGUAUGUAAUUCCAAAAUAUUGUGGAGUAGCUCCAUUUUUCCAAGUUACAUGCGCCUCUAUAAUAUUCUUUUACAUCAUUAAUUAUCCAAGAUUAAGUAUGUAUAUUAUCUUUUUUAUUUUACUAUAA